GCGGCGAUGAGCGGCACGGCGUGCGGCGUGCCUUCCCUGUGACCCGCCCGUACCGCGCCGGCUCGAAGGUGUUGGUCCGCUCGCGCUCGCUGGAGGCGGUCGCCGUCGGCGCGAUGGGCACCGUGCUCUCCUUCAGCCCGCACGAGAGGCGAGGCUACGGCGCGCGGCCGGCGCUCAGCAACGCCAGUUACGACGCCAUGUACCACCCGUCGCGCCACGGCGUCGCCAACGAGAAUGCCAACGCACUGCUCGACCCGGCUCAGGUGGAGCGCAGCCUCAAGAAGCACUCCAACUUCAUUCAGGCGCUCAGCUGGAAGCGCUUCUCGUCCAGCGGCAAGAAGCGUCUCGACAGCAAUCAGAACCCGACGCGCGGCCGGGCUACGCGCGCGCCGCUCGACAUCAUCCACCCGCGCGUCGACAACAACAAGAACAUCCAGACGACGCUGUCAUGCUACAGCCUGAAGACGGCGGCGGCGGCCGUGGCGCACCUGGACGUGGCGCGCGUCAGCGGCGCGCGGACAGAUCAGCUGCCGCGCGCCGUGCUCACGCCGCCCGGCGCCACCGUGAGCCCCGGCAAGAAGACUGUCAUCCAGGCGUCGACCUCGGAGCUGCUCAAGUGUCUGGGCAUGUUCCUGCAGCGGCGCUGCGCGCACCUGGCCAACUUCCAGCCGGGUGACGCCAUCAUGUGGCUGCGCACGGUCGACCGCAACCUGCUGCUGCAGGGCUGGCAGGACAUAGCCUUCAUCAACCCGGCUAACGUGGUGUUUGUCUACAUGCUGGUGAAGGAGAUGGUGACGCCGGAGGUGGCGUCCGAGCAGGACCUGCAGGCGGUGGUGCUCACCUGUCUCUACCUCUCUUACUCCUACAUGGGAAACGAGAUUUCGUACCCUCUGAAGCCGUUCCUGGUGGGCAGCAGCCGGGAGCGAUUUUGGGACCGCUGCGUCGACAUGAUCAGCCGACUCAGCGAGCAGAUGCUGAAGAUCAACGCCGACCCGCGCUUCUUCACCGACGUGUUCACCGAGCUGAAGUCGGUGGGCGUUACCGGAUGAAGGCGGGCCGACGCCACUGGUCGGACUUCUAUAGGUGACGCUGCCGCUGCAGCACGUGACAACGGUCGAAGGGGUGCUCCUGGCUCCGCCGGGGCUCCCGCCCGGGAGUUCGGCGCGGUGCCGACAGGCCGGCGUAGAGAGGUUACACACGGGUGCUGCGUGGACGUUGGGGUUGAAGAUGAGUUGAACACUCAGGUGCAAACCAAGGUUGCCAGAGGUACCGCGUUGGUCUUUGACCAGUUGUGAUUUGUUGUUCUCUGUUCCCUACGCAUGGUUUCUGUUUCCCUCGCUUUGCCCCCGCAGUUGUUGGUUCACUUGCGUCCCGUUGUUUAAUUGUGGGCUGCAAUGCAGCUCAUGUAUUACCCUGUAGAAGUUAUGUAGUAAUUAUGGUAAGGGGAUGCGGCUUUAACCUAACGAUGCCGUGCUGUUUUGAGCGCCCGCUGUUAAGCAUCUGUGCAUACCGUGAUGUUCUUUACUUCAUUAUUUCAACUGUCAUCUUUAAUCCCUGGAAAGCUCAGUGGAGCACGCAAUCCGGACCCAAUAAUGGACAGGUUCAGCAACAGUUUGCCUGAUGCUCUGUGCUCCGACGUCGCGCCGCAACGUUUACCCUUGUGAUGGCCGCCGUCGGAGCCCUCAACCUGAUGAGCAGCGCGGGCGCGACCGCAUCGCCUGACUUCGCAGCUCUUGUACAGAACAGCUUUUAUACAGUGAAACUGCUUCACACUCGGUGCGAGCUGACCCGGCGCCGGCCCCGGCGCGGCUGUGAGGAGGCCGCGCCGGUCCAGGGCGGCACGACGGGAGCGCUCGAUCACGUGACCACCGGUAGCCCGAUCGCUCGCCCAUGGGGCUGGGGCUCCUCUGCAGUGGCGAGUGUGCGUGCGAGCCGCGGCCCCCAGCGAGCCGGGCGCCCUGGCUGCUGCCGCCGCUCUCCCAGUGUUCUUGCUCUGGUUCUUGUACCGUUUGCAUGGUGUCGCGAAGUUGCGCUGCGCGUUGCAGCGGCAAUAUGGCCUCAUAAAUUUC